UAAUUUUCAUGGCGACGUUUUAGGUGAAGCUCUGCACACGCUGAUCCUCACACGUUUGGAAGCCGUGGAAAAGAGAAGUACGUCAGCUAAUGGAAGAAGCAUUUAACAACACAAUAAGUCAACAGGUGUGCCGGAGUCUGUGAGGCCAGCAAGAUUAGCCGAGAUCAGUCGGUCCACUUGGAAACUUUCUACCGUGGACUUUAGGACUUAAAAGGAGGAGGAAUGUACACGACUGUGGUGGACUUGUUGGACCCAUAACCUCCCACUGCUGCUCGGCUCCAUUCUAAGAAGGAGAAGAAGAGGACAUAUACACAUUUAUAAAAAGAAAGAAGAGUAUUUGUUGCGAUGGAGUGGAGAGAACAGUCCACGGCUACCUGCCAGGACGCGUACGUGGAGGCUCAGAGGUGGAUAGAGGCCGUAACCAAGAAAACAUUUAAGGGCAAAGACUUCCGAUCUUCUCUGGAGAAUGGAGUUCUGCUGUGUGACCUGAUCAACAAGAUCAAGCCUGGCGUGGUCAAGAAGGUCAACAGGCUGCCAACACCCAUCGCCUGGCUGGACAACAUUAAUGUCUUCUUCAAAGCCUGCCUCAAGCUCGGACUAAAGGAGGCGCAGCUCUUUCACCCCGGAGACCUCCAGGAUUUGUCGUCAAGAGUCACAGUCAAGGACGAAGAGACCAACCGCAGGCUUAGAAAUGUUGUGAUCACCCUUUACUGGCUGAGUAGACGAGCACAGAGCGAGCGUUCCUACAAUGGACCUUACUUGAAUUUCAAGGCGUUUGAGGGAUUGCUGGGCAUAGCGCUUCACAAGGCUCUCCAAGACGGUCAGAAGGACGUUAGAGACAGCAGUUUUUCAGAUAACUGGUACUCGGAGCAGCCGCUAGGAGGAGGAGGAGGAGGAGGAGGAGGAGGAAGAGGAGGACACAGGAGAGACGACUCCUUGGACAGCUUGGACUCUGUGGGGUCACAAGCUCACAGCCUCUCAUCGGACGCCACCCUCAAAGGCAGCAGUGAGGGUUGUUGCAGCGACGCCGAGGCAGACGCAGCCUUCAAGAUGGCCGACAAGAAAGAAUCGCUCCAGUACCGCCGCUCUCUAGUCGUCACGCCAAAGGUGACCACCCAGUUCAACCAGUUCCUGCCCUCUAAGAACAAGACUUCAGGGUACGUGCCCGCUCCCCUGAGGAAGAAGCAGGCCGAUCGCAAUAACGACAACCGUCGCAGUUUGGUCAACCCGGUGUACGAGGACGAAGCCCCGCUAACCAGACAACGGCAAGCGUCAGACAGUUCCGACGGGAGCAAAUCAACAAGCGACAUCCAACAGGAAACCUCGGCCGCCCGUCAGGUUCGAUAUGAAGAGCUGGCGAAAUAUCGCGAGCAGGUCAAGCAGACCGAGGACGAGUGGCAGGAUGACUUAAGCAAAUGGAAGAACCGACGCAGUAGCCUUAACUUUGACAUCAAGAGGAAGAAGGAGGAGAGGGAGAAGAUUGAGCAGGACACGUAUGGCAAGGACAGAAGGUCCAAGACCUUCAAGGAGAUGCAAGACGCCAGAGACAACAGGCGAAGCAACAGCAUCGGCAGCCGCAUCUCGUCGCUCAGCUUUGACGACGACGGGGACGUAUUUAACAAACCAACCCCUCCCUCCCGAGAAGUUCUUAGCAGAAGCUACACUAUCGACACUCCUUUUGAGUCCUCCGUCACAUCUGCACCUUCUCAGAAAGAGGAUAAUCCGCCGGCUGCUUAUCAGACACGGUUUAGGUCCUCGAAGCAGGCAUCUGACACGGUAGACAGCCCUGCAGGGACCAGAACCAGCACCAGCACCAGCACCAGUAGCCGCACCUCAUUCUACAGAUCCAAUCUUUCAGGAGCUGUAUCUUCUCAGAAAAGUUCAGUCUUCGAAAACAGCAACACUGCCAAAACCGAGAAGACUUCAAGCUUUGUCCCUGCUCCCAGAGUUCCACAAAAAGUGUUGGAACCAAAAAGCCCAGUCAAGGUGCAGCCCCCAUCCUUUGUUGCAACGUACAAACCAUCGCAGCCCAGCACUAUGGAAGUUAAUCGACCAGCAAUAUCUCGGGUGUCCGCCUCCCUCCCAAGGAGCUACCAGAAAUCGGACAGUGCACGCUUGACCUCAGUUGUUGCACCCAGACCAUUUGGCACCCAGUCAUCCCGUGUCGGAUCACUUACCAGGUCCUUCACAUCAGAAGACUCCAGCAACCGCAUCAAUGGCGACGUCGGAGUUACCAAAACCUCGUCGGUACUGAGCCGCUAUCGAGAGUUCAUGACCCCAGAAGACGAGGCUGAGUCACAGUCGAGCCCCGCCAACAGCAGUGACGAUGAGGAGGAUCAAAAGGAGACUACCGGGAAGACCGUCACCACAACAUCAAGCGUCUUAUCCGACCCGGCUCCGUUCAAGAGAAAAGUUCCUGCUAAGGAUACCAGCCAGGACAAUUCCUGCGAGAUGCGGAUCAGUCUGAACCAGAAGCCCAACAGCAGUCUAGACUUUGGUUUCAAGACGAGGUGGGACUCGACUGGAGCCCACGUCGCGUCUGUCCAACCAGGCAGCCCAGCUGAGAUGUUCCAGUUGAAGCCCGGGGACGAGGUGCUGACGGUGAACGGCCACCGGGUGGCAGACAUGAGCUAUCUGGACUGGAAGGCAGGCAUGGAGGAGGCCCUGCAGGAGGGCAGCCUGGUGAUGGAUGUGCGACGUUAUGGCCAGAACACCUGGGACAGAGAUCUGCCUUCCCCGCCAUUUCAAAGCCAUAAGACCAUCAAUCUGACCACUACGGAUCAUCCCGUACUUGUAGGUUUCCCUGAUGCCAGCGGCGCCAGCAAGUUGGAUUUCACCGCGCGCCCCGGAUCGGCGUCCAACAAGACUAUAACCCACUCUGUAGUGGAUAUGGCUUCCAACGGCGUAAGUGGCGGCUACCCCGGAGUGUCACUGACCACCAUGACUAACGACUCAGAACUCCUUUCUUCGAAAAACUUAAAACUGAGGUCAGAGUUUUUUGAGCAAGGUGGAGGAGACUCGGCAAUGCCAGAUAUACCCGUCCCAUCCAUCGCUCCGCCUUCUAGAAACUGGUCUUGGGAUCCAGAAGAAGAGCGCAGGAGGCAAGAGAAGUGGCAGAAGGAGCAGGAUCGCAUACUUCAGGAGAAAUAUAAGCGAGACCAAGAGAAACUGCAGGAGGAAUGGCUCAAGGACCAGCAGGAGAUCUCCACCAGUGUGGCACAACAAGCGCCUGAUAGCCCACGCUCGCUGAUUGUCUACCCGCCGUGGGAGGAGGAGGCGAGGAAGAGGAAGGAGCGGCUGGUGGAGCCCCAGAGGCUGGAGGAGGAGAGCGACAGGAGGCAGGAGUUGGAGCGCCAAAGAAGGGAGGAGGAGAGGAUGAGUAGGGAGGAGGAGGAGUUUGAGCGUCAAAGAAGGGAGGAGGAGAGGAUGAGUAGGGAGGAGGAGUUUGAGCGUCAAAGAAAGGAGGAGAGAAAGAGGAUGGAGGAGGAGUUUGGGCGUCAAAGAAAAGAGGAGGAAAACCUGGAGCGCCAAAAAAGGGAGGAGGAGAGGAUGAGGAGGGAGGAGGAGUUUGAGCGCCAAAGAAGGGAGGAGGAACUAAAGAGGAGGGAGGAAGACCUGGAGCGCCAAAGAAGGGAGGAGGAGUUUGAGCGCCAACGAAGGGAGGAAGAGAGGAAGAGGAGGGAGGAGGAUCUGGAGCGACAGAGGCUGGAGGAGGAGAGGAAGAGGAGGGAGGAGGCUCUGGAGCGCCAGAGAAGGGAGAGAGAGGCGGAGGAGGCGAGGAAGAGGAAAGAGAAGGAGGAAGAGGAGAGGAGGCAGAGGGAGAAGGAGCUCAUGUGGCAGAGGAAGAGAGAGCUGGAGCAGGAGGAGCUGAGGAGGAGGCAGACGGCCACCGAGGAGCAGCAGCACACAUUCCAGGAACAACGGGUGAAGUCGUUUGAUGAAGAGGAAAGAUUUCAAAGAAAAGGUGCGCUCGCCAACCCGGGCGGCAUGAUCCACUGGCUGCUGGAGGAUCAGGCCAGGAACUCACGAGAGAGGCUGGCCCGGAGUCAGCGGGCGGUGGCUGAGCUGGAGAUGGAGAGGAGGAACCUCCUCAAUGUUAUGAGAUACAGGGAGCCUGAGAGAGUGACGGGCGGCGGCCUGUUUGACGCCAGGGGUCUCCAACCGGCCUCGCAGUCCGAGCUUAAGCGCCAGCAGCUCCUGGAUGACAUGAGGAAGAAGGCCCCCGUGGUGACGGACAACAGCUGGAUCCGUCAACGAUCCGGCCAGGACGACGUGCCAUCCAACCGCAGGGUUGGCUCUCUUGACAACCUGGAUUACCCCCACAACUCCUGGCGCUCGUCGUGGACACCCAGGAGCGACUCCCAUAUCCCAAAUUACUCCCGGCCGCACUCCGCCCUUUCCACUAGCGCUCCCUUUCACGGUGGCGGGGCCCCUCGGGCGCGGUCCGGCUCCAGCACCCUGCCCACUUCUCUUCGGGGCCUGUCAACGGGAGCGGCCCCCUGGUCCCAACAGUCUGUUUCACUCUCCUCGCUGUCUCCCACCACCUCCCCAGAACCCGCUUCUGACGCAGGUGGUCCUCGACAGCGCAGCAGGUCAGUGAGCGGUAAGAAAGUGUGUACUUUCUGUGACACGGCGCUGGGGAAAGGAGCCGCCAUGAUCAUUGAGUCCUUGGGGCUGUGUUACCAUUUGACCUGUUUUAAGUGCUUCGAAUGCCACUCGGACCUCGGCGGAUCGGAAGCCGGGGCAGAAGUUCGAAUCCGAAACAAACAGCUGUAUUGUAACACAUGCUACACGCGAUUCAAAGCCGGCCAGCCCACCUCCAUGUAGCGUGAGAAUCCUGCGGCAGAUCUACGAGGAGACCACGUGCUACAACAACCCGUGAGGCGGCACCUGAGGAAUCGGGAGCAUCGGGCUCUUAAACGUAAACGUUUCUGUCUUAAUUCCUGAGUUUUCAUACCUUUUGUCUUUUUCUGAAAGAGGUUAAAAUAGCAAAGGAUGGAGGAUUUUUUUGGGGGCCUAAAUUAAAUGAAUACAAAGCCAACAAAAUAGAGCUUAUAAUUUAUUGAUUCAAAUGUGAAUUAAUUCACAAAAUGGAAAAUAGGUGUAUUGGUAUAAUUUAUUCAAUAAAAAUUAAAUAGAUUGGUCAAAACCUACAUAAUUAAUAGAUUAUAUUUAACAAUUUAGGUAAUUAUUUAACAAGUUAAUGUUUUGUUUUUUUUGCAAUUAUUUAAAUUAUUUAAGCCAUUUAUAUAAAUAAAAUAUCUACAACUGGCGGUUAAAUUAAUUGAAAAACCUUUAAAUUAUAUUUCACCAUUUGAAUAAAACAAUAGACAAUUUAAUUUAUUCUCACCAUUAUCUACUUUACUGAAAUAUAAUAUACAUUUAUUAGUCAUGAACGAAAUACGUUAUUUGUGGCUAUUUUUAGAUCAUGUUUCACAUUAGAUUGGUCAAAACCUACAUAAUUAAUAGAUUAUAUUUAACAAUUUAGGUGAUUAUUUAACAAGUGAAUGUUUUUUUUUUUUGCAAUUAUUUGAAUUAUUUAAACCAUUUAUAUAAAUAAAAUAUCUACAACUGGCAGUUAAAUUAAUUAAAAAAAACUUUAAAUUAUAUUUCACCAUUUGAAUAAAACAAUAGACAAUUUAAUUUAUUCUCACCAUUAUCUACUUUACUGAAAUAUAAUACACAUUUAUUAGCCAUGAACGAAAUACGUUAUUUGUGGCUAUUUUUAGAUCAUGUUUCACAUUAGAUUGGUCAAAACCUACAUAAUUAAUAGAUUAUAUAUAUAUUUAACAAUUUAGGUGAUUAUUUAACAAGUGAAUGUUUUUUUUUUUGCAAUUAUUUAAAUUAUUUAAACCAUUUAUAUAAAUAAAAUAUCUACAACUGGCAGUUAAAUUAAUUAAAAAACCUUUAAAUUAUAUUUCACCAUUUGAAAAAAACAAUAGACAAUUUAAUUUAUUCUCACCAUUAUCUACUUUACUGAAAUAUAAUAUACAUUUAUUAGCCAUGAACGAAAUACGAUAUUUGUGGCUAUUUUUAGAUCAUGUUUCACAUUAGAUUGGUCAAAACCUACAUAAUUAAUAGAUUAUAUUUAACAAUUUAGGUGAUUAUUGAACAAGUUAAUGGUUUUUUUUGCAAUUAUUUAAAUUAUUUAAACCAUUUAUAUAAAUAAAAUAUCUACAACUGGCGGUUAAAUUAAUUGAAAAACCUUUAAAUUAUAUUUCACCAUUUGAAUAAAACAAUAGACAAUUUAAUUUAUUCUCACCAUUAUCUACUUUACUGAAAUAUAAUACACAUUUAUUAGCCAUGAACGAAAUACGUUAUUUGUGGCUAUUUUUAGAUCAUGUUUCACAUUAGAUUGGUCAAAACCUACAUAAUUAAUAGAUUAUAUAUAUAUUUAACAAUUUAGGUGAUUAUUUAACAAGUGAAUGUUUUUUUUUUUGCAAUUAUUUAAAUUAUUUAACCCAUUUAUAUAAAUAAAAUAUCUACAACUGGCGGUUAAAUUAAUUGAAAAACCUUUAAAUUAUAUUUCACCAUUUGAAUAAAACAAUAGACAAUUUAAUUUAUUCUCACCAUUAUCUACUUUACUGAAAUAUAAUAUACAUUUAUUAGCCAUGAACGAAAUACGUUAUUUGUGGCUAUUUUUAGAUCAUGUUUCACAUUAGAUUGGUCAAAACCUACAUAAUUAAUAGAUUAUAUAUAUGUUUAACAAUUUAGGUGAUAUUUAACAAGUGAAUGGUUUUUUUUUUGCAAUUAUUUAAAUUAUUUAAACCAUUUAUAUAAAUAAAAUAUCUACAACUGGCAGUUAAAUUAAUUAAAAAACCUUUAAAUUAUAUUUCACCAUUUGAAUAAAACAAUAGACAAUUUAAUUUAUUCUCACCAUUAUCUACUUUACUGAAAUAUAAUAUACAUUUAUUAGCCAUGAACGAAAUACGUUAUUUGUGGCUAUUUUUAGAUCAUGUUUCACAUUAGAUUGGUCAAAACCUACAUAAUUAAUAGAUUAUAUAUAUGUUUAACAAUUUAGGUGAUUAUUUAACAAGUGAAUGUUUUUUUUUUUGCAAUUAUUUAAAUUAUUUAAACCAUUUAUAUAAAUAAAAUAUCUACAACUGGCAGUUAAAUUAAUUAAAAAACCUUUAAAUUAUAUUUCACCAUUUGAAAAAAACAAUAGACAAUUUAAUUUAUUCUCACCAUUAUCUACUUUACUGAAAUAUAAUAUACAUUUAUUAGCCAUGAACGAAAUACGAUAUUUGUGGCUAUUUUUAGAUCAUGUUUCACAUUAGAUUGGUCAAAACCUACAUAAUUAAUAGAUUAUAUUUAACAAUUUAGGUGAUUAUUUAACAAGUUAAUGUUUUUUUUUGCAAUUAUUUAAAUUAUUUAAACCAUUUAUAUAAAUAAAAUAUCUACAACUGGCGGUUAAAUUAAUUGAAAAACCUUUAAAUUAUAUUUCACCAUUUGAAUAAAACAAUAGACAAUUUAAUUUAUUCUCACCAUUAUCUACUUUACUGAAAUAUAAUAUACAUUUAUUAGCCAUGAACGAAAUACGUUAUUUGUGGCUAUUUUUAGAUCAUGUUUCACAAUUAUCAGGAAUUGUUUUAGUUUUCAAAUACCGUAUUUUCCGCACCAUAAGGCGCCCUGGGUUAAAAGCCGCGCCUUCAAUGAACGGCAUAUUUCAAAACUUUGUCCACCUAUAAGCCGCCCGGUGUUGUAAGCCGCAUCUAACUGCGCUAAAGGAAUGUCAAAAAAACAGUCAGAUAGGUCAGUCAAACUUUAAUAAUAUAUUAAAAACCAGCGUUCUAACAACUCCGUUCACUCCCAAAAUGUACGCAAAUGUGCAAUCACAAACAUACGUAUAUCAACAUGGACAGAGCUGCGUGAAAAAAGCCACCCGGCCUCUUCGCGUAAACUUAAACUUACCUUAACCACUCGCUCAUCUUUUCUUCAUCCAUCCCUUCGAGUUAGCUUUUAUGAUGACGCCGGCUGGAAAGGUCUCUUUUGGCAAGGUCUUCCUUUUGAAUAUCACCAUGGGUGGAAGUUUCUGGCCAUUAGCAUGGCAAGCUAGAACCACAGUGAAGGAUGACUUCUCAUUCCCUGUGGUGCGAAUAUUCACCGUACGUGCUCCCGUUGUAUCCACAGUGCGGUUCACAGGAAUAUCAGUUGCUGUGAAAUAGUAAUCCGUGUGCGGAUGGAGAGAUUGCGUCUUUUCAUGAACCGGAUCCCUGACGCUUAGUAGGAGCCAUUUUGUGGUCUUUACAGAUGUAAACACACAAAGGAAAUGAAAGGUACGGUAUAUCCGCGCGCUUUUUCUUCUUCUACGCGGGCGGGUGGUUGCUUACAGUAGAAGAAGAAGCGCUUCCAGGUCUAUGGGGGCGGGUGCUUACCUUGGCGGUUGCUUGCGUAGAAGAAGAAGCGCUUCCUGUUCUACCGGGAAAAAAGAUGGCGGCUGUUUACCGAAGUUGCGAGAUCGAAACUUUAUGAAAAUGAAUCGUAAUAUUAAUCCAUAUAUAAAGCGCACCGGGUUAAAAGCCGCACUGUCAGCUUUUGAGUAAAUUUGUGGUUUUUAGGUGCGGCUAAUAGUGCGGAAAAUACGUAAAUGUUUUCAUGUAUGUGAAGGGAAUAUGGGCCAUUUCACACAUGAGUUCACUUUUUAAAUAAUACAAUUAUUCCUUUAAUUAUCCAUUUAAUUGGCUUUGUAUUUAUUUGAUUUUGACACCCAGAAAAACGGCAUAAAAGCAAAGACUUGGUAGAUUUGAAUUUGUCUGAUGAAGUAUUACAACUGUACAAAAAAAGGGUUCUUCUGCAUGCGCCGCUGGUUUAAAUUAUCCAUUUAUUAGAUAUUUCCAGAAAUAUUUUUGGGGGGAU